ACGCACUUGCAGCCAACUCCACUAAUACCAAUUCAGCAGCCCCCUCACCUAGUGAGACUCUUGCCCCUCCAAGACGGACAUGGCCCUCCGUGCUGGCGUUGCCGCUCGAUUGCACAUAUCUGUGAUCAAUUCUCCUGCCACGUCAGACUGCAGAACCCCUACCAGUCGCGACGAGCCUCGAGCGCAGCGAGUGCUGGUGCAGCGGGUGAGCGCCUCGCAGGCGGUCACCAGCGGAUCGCUCGCCCAUCGCCUUCCGCCAGCCCCGUUUCGCUGCCGCGGGCAGUGCGCCACCCGACGAAGCGUGGCGCGCUGUGACUCGUCGACGCAAGUCGACCAGCAACCGGCUGCCGCUGGUCUCGAUCCACGCCGCGGCUCCGCGGGGGGGUCGCCAGCCAACGGGCGCGUCGCGCCGGACAACCGUGAUUUCGCCAAUGCGGCUGCCUCGAUGCCCGGCGAUGGGAGCAGCGGUAACGGCGUGGCGGUGCUAGCCCGGCCAGAGGCGAGGUGGCAGGAGGAGCAGCCCGACAAGGGCGGUGCGCGCGAGCUGGGUGCGGGGGCGAGUGAGGGCAGGGGGCUGGGCAUCGUGGAGUUCCUGCGCGGCAAGCACGUCCUCGUCACCGGCGCCACCGGCUUCCUCGCCAAAGCGCUGGUGGAGAAGAUCCUGCGCGAGCAGCCGGACGUGGGCCGCCUGUACCUCUUCAUCCAGCCGCGCGCCGACCAACCCGCCGAGCAGCGCCUCGCGCAGCUGGUGGGCAGCCCCAUCUUUGCGCACGUGCGCGCGCAGCACGGCACCGCGUACGAGCGCUUCAUGGCGGCCAAGCUGCGCGCCGUGGAGGGCGACAUCUCGCGCGAGGGGCUUGGGGUGUCGGCGGCAGUGCGCGAGGAGCUGAGCAGCAAGGUGCAGGUGCUCGUCAACUCCGCCGCCACCACCACGUUCGAUGAAAGGUACGACGUGGCGCUCAACAUCAACACGCAGGGGCCUCGCCGCCUGCUGGACCUCGCCGACUCGUGCCGCAACCUCCAGCUGCUGCUGCACAUCUCCACAGCGUUUGUGAACGGCAAGCGGCGUGGGCGCAGCAUGGAGAGGGCGUUCGAGUAUGGCGCCACCAUCGCAGCGGAGCUGCAGCACGCACAGGCCGGUGCCGGGGGGGCGCAGGUGCGCGUGGACGUGGCGACGGAGAUCGCCCUGGCGGAGCACGAGAGGGCGGCGGCCCAGGCAACUGCGGAGGCUGCAGGGUUGAGUGGGGAAGACGUGCAGGCGGCGGUGCAGAAGCACAUGGUUGAGCUGGGCAUGCGCAGGGCGCAGCAGUGCGGGUGGCAGGACACGUACGUGUUCACCAAGGCCAUGGGCGAAAUGGUGCUCACGCGCGCGCGCACCCACCUGCCGCUCGCCAUAGUGCGCCCCUCCAUUGUGGAGAGCUGCCUGCGCGAGCCCAUGGCAGGGUGGAUGGAGGGCAUGCGUAUGGCAGAUCCCAUCUUGCUGGCGUACGGGAAAGGACAGAUGGCCGGGUUUUUGGCAAACCCAGAUGGUGUUCUCGAUAUGGUGCCGUGCGACAUGGUCAUCAACGCCGUGCUCGCCAUCGCCACACACACCGCCUCUGUGGGGCCAGGGGCGCCGGUCGCUGUGUACCACGUGGCCACGAGCGUGGCCAACCCCCUGGGCAUCCAGGUGGUGGCGGACGCCACGUCGGACCACUUUGCGGUGGCGCCCAUGCUGCAGCGCGACGGCUCCGCUGUGGCCGUGCAGCGCAUGCAGGUGUUCCGCCACCCACGGCUCUUCAUGCUGGACGUGUGGCUCAAGUACCAGCUGCCGCUGCAGCUGGCGAAGCUGUCCCCUUGGAGCUCAUCCCUCUCAGAGCGCCGCAACAACCUGCUGCUCAAGACAGCGCAGCAGCUCAGCUACCUGGCCAAGCUAUACGAGCCCUACACCUUCUAUGCCGCCAGGUUUGAUGCAUCCAACACAGAGCGCCUCUUCUCGCUCAUGUCUGAGGAGGAGCAGCGGCAGUUUGACUUUGACCUGCGGGCCAUUGACUGGCACUCGUACCUCUGUGACGUGCAUCUACCAGGCCUGCGCAAGUAUGUGCUCAAGGGCCGCGGCUCAUCCAAUCUCUCCUAAUCACCACUGCCCUGGCUUGUCCCUAAAUGCUGUGCUUUCAUCACGCCACUGCCGGCCAAGUCAUCACCAACAGAAUCAGCUUGCUGUAUUCCCCGUUAUAUACCACAGCUUGUGUUACCAGGCAUAAAUUACCAGGCCCUUAAACACCAGGCUGCUUUUAGUAUAUGGCCCUUUCGCUUGAGAAGCACAAAAGUACCGUAAUCCCCCGGAUAUAACACCCCGGGCAUUGUCAAAGAAGCUAGGUUGCUAGGUAGGUAGGUAGAUAAGCCAUGGAAAUGGCGUGAGGGUUUAGGUGGGAGAAAUUGACGAGAGAGGAGGAAUGGACGAGAAGAGGAGAUACCAAGGGGGUUGUCCCCUCUACAGUAGGA